UAUUGUCAACUCUUCCACCUUGUUCCCGAGCGAUUAACUUCCCUGUUAUUUUCAGCAAAAAAAUAAAAUGAAAGCCCUUUCCUGCAUACGCGGUUCACCAUCUCUCUAAGCAACCUAAACCCCCUCCUUCCCCUUAAAUCCCUUAGAUCCCCUUUCUCCCUUCAUUCCUAAUGAUGCCUCCAAAUUCCCAAUACAUCCAACAAUUCCUCAGCAGCGUUCUCUCUCAACGCGGCCCUUCUUCCCUUCCUUAUUCGGAAGACGUCAAAUGGUUAAUCCGACAACACCUCCUUUCUCUUAUCGAAAUUCAUCCUUCACUUCAACCUAAAACUGCUUCAUUCACUCACAACGAUGGACGUACUGUCAAUUUACUACAAGUCAUCGGUACUGUCCCCAUGGUAUACCACCAAGUUACCUACAAUAUCCCCGUUAUUAUUUGGCUCAUGGAGUCUUACCCACGUCAUCCACCGCUUGUCUUUGUUAACCCCACUAGAGAUAUGGUCAUUAAGCGUGCGCAUCCGUUUGUGAAUCCGUCUGGCGUUGUUUCGAUUCCGUAUCUGCAGAAUUGGGUUUACCCUAGUUCGAAUUUAGUUGAAUUGGCUCGUAAUUUGAGUCAUUUUUUUGGUCGUGAUCCCCCGCUUUACGCGCAAGUUAGACCGGAUUCAAACCCUAACCCUAAUCCGAGCCAGACCGCGCAUCCUCCGCCGAGUACGAGUUUUCCGGGGAUCGGUCACGUGUCGCAGGUGAUUAGGCCGGCGAUACCGCCUGGGGGAUUUCAGCAGCAGCAGCAGCCAGCGUUACGGCCGCCGUAUGGGGCGGCGGUGAAGACGGAGGAUCGGGAGGAGGUUUUUAGGAGGAAUGCGAUAGAUAAGCUACUUGGUAGCUUUAGUGAGGAUAUAGCGAGGCUGAGGGAAGCGCGGGAGAAGGAUGUGGACGGGUUGUUUAAUGCGCAAGGAGUGUUGAAGCAGCGGGAGGAGGUGUUGAAGCUAGGGUUGAAGGAAAUGCAAGAUGAGAAAGAGGAGUUGGAGCAGCAAUUGCAGAUGGUUUUGAUGAAUAGUGAUGUGUUAGAAGGAUGGUUGAGGGAGAAUGAAGGGAAGUUGAAGAAUUUAGGGAAUGUGGAUGUGGAUACGGCAUUUGAGCCUUGCGAUAAUCUUUCUAAGCAGAUGCUGGAUUGCACGGCGUCAGAUUUGGCGUUAGAGGAUGUGAUUUAUUCGUUGGACAAAGCUAUACAGAGCGGGGCAAUACCGUUUGAUCAGUACUUGAGGAACAUAAGGUUGUUGUCACGUGAACAAUUCUUUCAUCGUGCUACUGCAUCGAAGGUUAGGGCUGCUCAGAUGCAGGCUCAAGUUGCUAAUAUGGCUGCUAGAACAUCACCGUAUGCAUUGUGAUAGACAUCUGAAUCGCUUGCAGUCGGUUCACGUAGGUCGAUAUAUUUUCAAGGCAUUUUGAUCUUGAAGACUUGCGAUUAGUCAUGCUCACUGCUAUUGUUCAUUCAAGCUUUUGAGCCUCUCACAAAAAUAAUAGAAGCCUGGGAUGCUCUCCAGAUACUAUCUUCAUUUACUGUUGCUAGUUGUAAACUGUGUAAAAACAUUGGAUACUUUUGAUACGAGUUGUAAACAGAGUAGAAAGUUAUGAGAAGCAUAUGGUACUUGUUUUGCUUAUUGAUUUGGAUGAUGACUCCCUCUCAUGCUGUCAUAGUUUAAAAUCAUUUUCCAAGAUCAUUAUCCAAGUGAGAUAUAUACUUGCGACAACAUAUUAGUUUCUGUUGUUGCUCAAUGACUGCCUCUGCCUGUUUAUGCCAGUGUUACAUAUAUAAUUUUCUUCACGUGUAUGCUACAUAUAUUAUAUCA